AUGGGUCGGCUCGACCGGAGUGAUACCACGGCCUUACAGAAGACCGGCUUCGCUCCUGGCAGAGUCAACGAAAAUGUCGCCGUGAUUAUACACAGUGUGUCGAGGAGUUCCCUGUCCUUCGUUCUCAUCAUCAGACCCUUAAUGACAGUUACGACCAAGCCUGGUGCAAAGUGCCAAUACGAAUCAUUCAAGCUCAAACACAAGGCAACUACUCCAAAUAGUCAAGGAGAUCCCUCGACUGUCUUCCAGCUCCAACAUCAGGAUCUGAAUAUGGAGGGAUCCUCAUCAGACUACAGUGACGAAGAGGUCGGUGUACUAGCGCGAGGUCAGAAGCUAUGGGUCCGAGGAGUGAGGUCACAUACCACUUGUGCUGACAUCGUCAGAGCUCUACAAGAUGCUCCUGAAGCUGGAGGUGGAGUCAGCGACCACGGCGAAUGGGUGCUGGCAGAACGGUGGCGAGGAGUUGAGAGACCACUUCCACCAGAUGUACCAGUUCUCCAUGUCUUGGCGGCUUGGGGAGACGCUAGGCACGAGGUUCGUUUGGCUCUUCGGCGAGUCUCAAGUGGUGGAGAGGAUGACUCUGGUCGAGACAGUGAUGGUGGCAGUCGAAGUGGAGCACGACGGCGCAGAAGACGAGGCCUCAGAACUGCCACUCCACCUCCCAGAGCCAGGAGUGAAGAUCCGGCAGCCAGACUUGUGUCAGUCAUCCAGCAUCAAAGCAGAACUAUACAUCAACAACUUGAUAAAUUAAGAGAACAAGAAAAACUAAUCGACCACUUAGAAGACCAGACGCACAAGAAUCGCAUGGAGAAACACGGCACCAAUUACCUUCUCGAAUCAUACCUAAGAGACUUAGGCAGAUGUAGUGAAGUAAACGAUAGUCAAGCUGGUAACAGCGAUAGUGGUGUUGGCGUCGGUAGCGGAACUCCUCCCAGAAGACACACGAAACACAAAUCCAGACGAGAAAGACACCUCAUGAGAGAACAUUACUUCACAAAAGAACUUACAGACAUAUGCCAGGUUAAUUCCGAGAGACUAAUGCAAACACAAAACGACACAGACUCUGAAGCAUCAGCCGAUGAGCUCUCAAGAAUACGAGAAGAAAUUGACAUGUUGGAAAAACUAGCAAUAGUCAACAAAAGACUUCAUCGGGAAGAAGAAUUAGUUGUUAGACUAACAGCAAAAGUUAAAAGGUAUAUGGACGAAAACAAGGCAAACAGUUGUGAAAAUGUAUCUCAAGUGACGAUGCUUCUGGACAAAAUUGAACAGGAGCUUAUGAAUACGGCUAAAGAGAUGCAGGAAAAUGCAAUAGAACUGGCAAAAGCAGACAGCGAAAUUGAGAGUAGGAUGAAACUUCUUGAUGAAUUGACCCUAGAGUUAGAAGAAGAAGAAUUGCAGAACACUGUUUUAGAAAGACAACUCAAUGAAGCGUCGAGUCGUCAACCCAUUCUUCUGCAAGACAGCUACGUACCUGUUCUAGACCAAACAAACUUAAGCCAACCGUUUACCUACGGCAGCCCAGGCUACGUACUCGACACGUUGGUAUGA